AUGGCAGGGAUGGGCAGGCGCCGGGCCUUCCUGCUGGCGAUGCUGCUGUGUGCUGGACUCCUGAUCCCAGGCGCGCGAGCGCAGGAAGACGAUGGCGAUGCGGACCCCCAGGCAGCGGGCGGCGACGGCGCCGGCAGCGUGCCGGCAGGCGCCGGCAGCGCGCCUCGCCCGCCUUUUGUGCAACUCAAGGAGCAGGACAGCUGGGUGCUGGAGGGCUGCGCCGUGGCAUUCCUGCUCGCCUUCCUCGUCAACUUGGCAGUAGGCCGAGGACGCAACGAGCGCCUGGCGGUGGCCUGGACUACAGAGCUGGUGGCGCCAGAUGGCGUGCUUGACCGCAACUUUUCCCUGCUGGGCCCCGGGGACACAGAGGCUGGCGAAGUGCUGCUCAAGGACAGCAUGCACGUCUACAAGUUCUGGGCAAGCGGGCGGCGAUUCUGCCAGGGCCUGCUGGCCACGCUGCAGCUGGUGCGGCGCCAGGACCUGCUGGCCUACUCGCUGCAGCUGGUGCGGGGCCAGAAGGACGUGAUGGAGCUGGAGCUGCGCAUGAGCGAGGGGUGCAUGCCGCCGCUGGUGCUGGCCAUCGCGCCGCCGCCCGUGGCCCGCACCAUGCAGCAGGAUUCGGCAGACGUCAAGCGCCUGUGCAAGCGGGUGGAUCCCACGAGGGACCGCAUCGCGCAGUGGCCAGAGCGGCUGACGGUGCUGGCGGAGCACAGCAGCAUCUUUUACGACCUCAUGACGCCGCAGCUGCUGGAGCUGGCGUUUGGGCGGGACGCCUUCCUCGCAGUGAAGCCGUACUUCAGAUUCCUCCACAUCACAUCAGAGCUUCCCGAGGAUGCGGGGCCACACAAGCAGGCGCGCCCGCAAGCAGGGUGGCUUGGGCCUGGGGGUGGCAAGGACGGAGGGAAGCGGUUGGGGGGAGGGAAGGGGGUGGUGCGCCUGUCGUUUUCGCUGCCGCCCGAAGGCGACACCGCCACCCUGAACAAGUUCCUGGUGACGGUACUGCUGCUGGCGGACCUUCUGGGCAGCUACCGGCUGAGCCCCGAGCAGCAGAAGCGGGCGGCCGAGGCUCGCCAGAAGAAGGAGGCCGAGGAGCGGGCGGCGGUUGCGGACGACCGCCAGCGCCGCGCCGACGAGCGGCGGCAGCAGAAGGCGGCGGAGGAGGCGGAUCGCCUGAAGCGCAUGAACCCGGCGCAGCGGGAGAAGGAGCUGGAGCGCAAGCAGAAGCUGCAGGCCAAGCGGCGCAUGAGCCGCAUGUCGAAAAAGAUGUGA